AUGGAUAAAAUAUCGAAUAGAUUAAAAUGUUCCAACUGCAACAUUGUUAUAAGUGAAGUUUUGGCUUUUAUUCAAAAUAAAAUUGAUGUUAUGACGGAAGUUAGUCUUGCGCAGAUUUGUGAAAGUGCCUUUAAUGCGGAAGAAAUAAGUGAAGCAAAAUCGUUAUUAUUUGAAUCGUUGAGCAAGAAGAUGAAGAAGAGAAUACGUCAAGGAAAGACCUUAAGGAAUAUUGAGGACAUCAUAUGCCUGUUUAAAGAAACAGACCCUGAGCAAAUACCGAUUUUUGUAGCAAGAAACUUAGAGAAAUUACCGCCGGUCACUUUCGACCAUGUUGAUGUAACGGCCUUACUUAAGAAGAUAGUCGUUUUGGAGAAAUCCCUGCAGAAUAUUGAACAAAAUUACGUGUCAAAACGCGAACUUAAGGAACAUAGUAUAGGUCAAUACAAAACUAAUUCGCUUUUGGCUCAAGAACAAAAUGUAAAUACUAAACGGAGAGGUAGUUUCAUUAAUAAUAUGUACGAUAGUGGUCCGAUGGCGCUCACAACGUCAUUCAAGAAUGUGUCAUACUUGGAUGAGGUCAAUGAGCCUAACGAUUGUGCAUCCCCUUCACGUGCAUCAAUUGAUAAAUCUGCACAUUCUUGUCAUUCAUCGCCCAUUAAUCAAACGGGAAGGAAAGAGACAGGGCUACUACCGGAGCGGGCGGCGAGCGGAGUUCGCAAUAUACCGAGCGAGAGUGGGAUGACAGGUGAAUGCGCAUUAAGCUUUACCUCAACAACCGGUAUGAAUGACGCAGCGCAGCCGCCGUCUCGGUUAACGGUAAACAAAACAGCUGACGAGCGCUCGGAUAGGCGAGAGACUAUUCCAACUACUGGUUGUGAUAACGAACAAAUUGAAAACUCACCUAAGAAUGAGCUAUCGUCGAAAAAUGCCUCUUUUGCAGAUAUAAUAAAGAGUGAUGCCGCAUGGAAAGUGCCACAGAGGAGUGAGGAAUGGCAAUUGGUACAAAAACGUAGAUUAAGAAACCGUUUAAUAAGCCAAAAAGGUAGUGCAGUCACUGAGUCUGGUGUAAAUACUUUUAAAGCAGCGGAUACGAAAAUUCCACUCUUUAUAUCGAACGUACAUAAGGAUGUGGCUGAACAGGACAUAAUUAACUAUAUACACGAAAAAACUGGAGAAAUUGUUACGUUAGUAAAAAUUAAAAUGAAGCAGGAAAGAAAAUACAAUGCCUAUAAACUCUUUGUCACGAAAUACAAGCUUGCAACGUUCUUAGACGACAAAAUAUGGCCGACGGGAAUAUCGUUCAGGCGUUUUGUAAGAUUUUAUGAGUUGCGUGGAUAA